AUGUGCCUCAGAGAUAUCGCGGGUGACGCUGGUCGGUGGGUGAAGCUGGAUGACGGUGAGGUGUCGGAGUGCGCCAUGCAUGAUGACGACGAAAUGAAGGCUCAGUGCUUCGGAGGAGAAUACACGGGAGAGGGCCCAGAACACGAGGAAAUGUCGAUGUUAGCUGUACAGUUAGCAGCUAAAUUCUUGUUCCAAGUUGGUUUCCAUACAAAGAAAACAUUACGUGGACCCGCUGCAGACUGGCAAGAUAUACUCUGUCAGCAUCUCAGAUGUUCUCAGGCUGCCAGAACUUGGUUUGCGACCGAUCUGUUCAAACAUUCUCACAGGUAA